UCUAAUCAAGAUGGCAGCGCCCAUGCGAAUUUUUGCCUCUCGCAAUGGCAACCUAUUCAGCCCCUGUGGCAUAUCGGUGCGACACAGGAAUAAAGUCUAUGUCCAGAAGCCAAGACCCAGGAUUAUACAGAGGAGGAUUUUGGAAGAGAUAUCAUUGCCAAUACUACUGCCACCAUUUAAACAUCCUGCUGAAAAUUGCGGAGCCCUGAGGGAACUUAAAAAAGAUAACGAAGAAAACCGGUACAAGUCGUUCUUACUGAAGCAGUGCAGGAAAGGAUUUGAAGACAACUCCAUGUUAAUCGUGAUGCAGAAGUUGCCGAUGUCGGGGGUCAAGCUCUUCCAAAUCAGGGUGGAACUCUUUAAAAAGGGAAUUGCAUAUCAACAUUUUGAAAAUGAAAUAUUUCAAGAAACAGUAAGAGGAACAAAAUGGGAGGUGUUACGUCCGCUAUUCGUCGGUGAUAACUUGUAUGCUGUGAGUCCAGAUGACAAAGUAAAAGAUUUGGUGAAGGUGAUAAAGAAAUUCCCUCAGGCUAUGAUUUUAGGUGGUGUUGUAGAAAAUCGAGUCAUGACCCGUGAAGCGUUACUUCAGUAUGCCGCCAUGCCGUCCCUAGAUCACGCCCGAGGACAACUCGUUGCAAUCCUCGGAUCAGCUGCUGCGAAAACCUCAUCGCUUUUAUCGUCGCAACAACAGACGUUAUCGAACAAUUUAACGCAGUAUGUGAAACAGACACACGAUGGGACUGAAUGAUGUUUGUGUGGGUAGGGUUGUACCGGUAGUGCUGAUUUGAAUGUAAGAUGGCGCUUCAAGUACGUUGAAAAACAUUGGAUAUCGGGGACUCGAAAGUUAUAUGAGGUUGUGUUAAAGUCUGUGUGAAUUUGAAUUGAAAUAAAACGUUUCAUUGGUGUAUGGAGUAGCUGGUAUCGAAUGGUGUCCUUCUGGUAGAGACCCAGAGACAAAUAAGGAUGAAAUGGGUGACAGAAAUAAGAAGAGCCUUGAACAGAUCUUUCGAAGGAAUGCUGUUGAGUUGGCGAGGUUGAUGGUGACUGAAUAGUAUGAAAGAAAAGGUUUUACAGUCGUAAGUAAAUCUUUCAUUGAAUAGACUUGGGCCAUAACUUUCAAAUGUUUCAACAUCUACUGUAUGCGCUGAAUUGAGUGAGCCGGUUGUCUUUCAAGUUGUGGUAGUUAAUAACAGCAAGUUGAUUCUGUCAAUGACUACUUAUAUAAGAAGAAGAAAAAUCCUGAAUAUGAGAGCGCAGUUCUGAAAAUUAUGCUGCGAUGGAACUGUCAAAUCAUGCAAAUAUCCAUGCACGCAGUAGACUCCCUGGCUCCAGUGAUGACAUGACAUGUGGGAUGCUAAGAUUACAUGUGAAUACAUGUAUUUUGAGUUGCCUGUUGAUGAGGAAAUGCAGGCUUAAAGAAGUGAGGUUGUACAAUUAUAGCUCUGGUACAAUUAUAGCAUGUGUGCGUCAAUGCAUUUUGGCAGCUGUUUCGACCGUGUAGGGUCUAUAAUUGAAAAGAGGCUAUGAUUGUACCAUUUUACCUUUCUGAAGAAGUAUUUUCUGAAAUAGUAGAAGAAUGUUUGUUCAAAUUCUAUUGUUUGUCAGAGAUGAGAUGCAAGUUUUUUUCCUGUUUUUUAAUAAAUACUGAAAGAAAGACA